GCCCGUUUGCUUUAUGACAGAGUUGUGAAAUUAGAGAGCAUACCUCUGGGGCGCAUAUACGAUGGCCCUCAAAGAAACCUUGUUGAAAGCAUUUGCGCAAAACAGAAAAGUCGCACUCUACGCUGCUGGGGCUGGUGUUGCACUGUUUGGACUAGGGCUGGGUUACAAGUACAUGCAGAAACCGAAAAAGUUGACUCAGGUUGGCAUUGUUUCGCAGCUGAUCCUUCAUCCUCUCAAGUCCGGGAAAGGACUCCAAGUGGCCAAAGCAGAAUGUCUGCGUAUGGGUUUGAAACAUGGAGAACUCCGCGAUCGGCACUGGCUCGUGAUCAGAGAGGACGGACGGAUGGUGACAGCAAGGCAGGAGCCUCGUCUGGUGUUGGUGACAAUGACGGCCGAGGGAGAAGACAUCUGCCUUAACGCCCCUGACAUGGAGGAGUUAAAGGUUCCUCAGCAUCAGCCAAACAAUAACAUACUGAACUGCAAGGUGUUCACAGCGGACGUCCAGGGGAGAGACUGUGGGGACGAGGUCUCUCGCUGGCUCACACAUUACCUUGCCGCAGGCAAGACUGUCCGUAUGGUGCAUUAUGAGCCCCAUAUGAAACCCAGGAAGUGUAAUCAGAUGGAGCGACCCUUUCCUCCAGAUGAGGAGGUUGCCUAUCCUGACGCAGGGCCAAUCAUGCUGCUGUCGGAGGCCUCUCUGAGAGACCUGAACUCCAGGCUAGACAAGGAUGUUACUGUGGCCCAGUACCGCCCCAGCAUCGUAGUGAAUGACUGUGAGGCCUUCAGUGAGGAUUCCUGGGACGAUAUUCAGAUUGGCACUGUGAGGAUGAAGCGGGUCAUGGCUUGUGGAAGAUGCAUUUUAACAACAGUGGACCCUGAGACUGGGAUCAACAACAGCAAGGAGGCCUUGGACACCCUCAAAAGCUACCGUCUGUGUGAUCCAUCAGACAAGAAGGUGUACGGAAAAGCCCCUCUCUUUGGACAGUACUACAUCGUCAAACAGACCGGGACCCUUCACGUUGGCGAGCCUGUCUACAAGAUAAGCUACUGAGAUACUCCUGAAUGUUAGCAUCAUUAGAUUGUUUUUAUUUUGAACAUGUCAGUGGUAUUAUUGUGCCUUGCGUUUUCACUAAUUCCUUAAUUACUAUAUUUUAGUCAUGAUCCAGCGUUGCAUAAGGUGAUUGUAGUUAGGGCCACUCUGCUAGCCUAUAAAAUCAUGGCUUCUAGUGGGACAUGCUAUCAAGUUUUUCAAAGAGAAAUAAUAAAAUAAAAAAACCUAAUUUCAAAAUAGUUGCUGACUACUGGAUAAUAAUUCCCUUGAGCAGAAGGAUUAAAAGCUAUGCUGGUAUCACCA